CAUUUCACGAGCCAGAUGGAAGCGUGUUUGUAGGAGGGAGUCAUUUUCCCUCGAGGCGCAGAGAGUGAAUUGAGGAACAGGGCGCGUGCGGCUGCUGGACGCUCGGUGACAGCGGACCUCAGUGGCGCGAAACGUUGCUGGUGUGUGUGGAUGCGGUGUGUGCUCCCAUGUGACCGCUGUCAGACCGGCAGUUCUGCGGGAAUCCCUGACUGCGCAUUUUGCAGUGGGACGGGAGAGCGCAAGGGUGCUAGUGGCAGCAGAGUCGUGACGCGCGAAGGCAACUAGCAAAGUGGUUCGACUUGACUCCAUGUGCAAAGAGAAAUGUUCGGAGCGGAUGACCAAGGAAGUAGUCUGAAACGAACAGGAGCAGGCAUGAAGCGCCCAUUUAGCCCCGCCCUAUCCGAAAAUGGCCACGUGGACACGGCAAGCGAGCUCCACGGGGGCGGUCGUCACGGCGACGGGGCGGCCUCCUUGGACUCGUGCGAGCGCGACCCGCGGCCGAAGCGGGAGCGCAAGCAGCGGACGCUGACGCUGUGCGAGGUGUGCAACAUCCAGCUGAACUCCAGCGCCCAGGCGCAGAUCCACUACAACGGCAAGACCCACCAGAGGAGGCUGAAGCAGGCCAGUCUGGGCAAGGGCCACGCAGGAGGGGGGGGGGGAGGAGGGUCUGGCAGCAAGAACAACACAGGAAGUCCCGCCCAGGGCAGCCCCCUGCUGGCCUCGCUGUCCCUGCCUGGCCGCCCCAUGCAGCCCCAGCUGGACCUCAAGCACUUCCUGCCCCUCAGGGUCAACGGCUCCACCCCCCUCAGCCUCUUCCCCAACUUCAACACGAUGGACCCAGUCCAGAAAGCGGUCAUCAACCACACGUUUGGGGUUCCGCAGCCACUCAAGAAGAAACAGAUCAUCUCCUGCAACAUCUGCCACCUACGCUUCAACUCAACCAACCAGGCCGAGGCUCAUUAUAAGGGUCACAAGCACGCCCGCAAGCUGAAGGCCCUGGACAACAUGAAGAACAAACAGAGGAACCAUGGAGCGGCAGGGAGGGAGAGAGAGAAAGAGAGGGAGAGGGUGAAAGAGAGGGAGAGAGAGAAGGAGACGGAGGAGGUCAAAACCGAGACCCCGAAGCCUCUGAUGGACGCUACUGUGGUUGAGAGGACAGCCAUCAUCGAGGCCCAGCCUGGCAGUCAGAAGCUGGAGGAAGCCCAGGGGAGCUCGCUGAUGCUGACUCCCGUCUCAGAGACCUCCUCUCUGGACACGCUGGCUCACCUCUCCCCCCAGGUCUCUCCCUCCUCCGGGCAGUCGGAGAGCGUGAUUGACAGCCUCCUUCCCGUUCCUGAGCCCGAGAUUCCGGAGCCCCCCAAGAGUGAAGGGGACCCCCCCAGCACGGACGAGGAGAAGGACCCCAAAAAGAGCCCCAAACAGCACCUGCACUGUCCCGUGUGCAAGAUCACAGUGAACUCCACGUCCCAGCUGGACGCUCACUUCACCGGCUCCAAGCACAAGCUGAUGCUGGAGGGUCAGAGCGUGCAGCCACGGCGACGAGGGAAGCUGGUCUCCUCCCGCAUGGCAACCAGGACCAAACGCCACGGCAACAAGACCUGCACGCCACUGGUCAGCCAGUCCUACCACUGCGACAUCUGUGACAUCACAGUCAACUCAGAGACGCAGCUCAAACAGCACACUAGCAGCAGGAGGCACAAGGACCGCAUCGCUGGGAAACCUCCCAAACCAAAGUUCAGCCCCUACACCAAGAGCCAAACCAACUCUGUGUUAGCGAGUGUCAGGUGGAAUGGGGUUUCGGGGAUGUCGGGUGGUGGUCUCUCCGCCCUGGGGGGCAUGUGCCAACCCUGCGCCUUCACCACUGUUUCCCCUCAGACCAAACUGGCCCUGCAGAAGCAGCUCACUAAGACCCUGACCGCCAGCUUCCUCCCGUCUCACCUCACGUCUCAUCUCCCGUCUCACCUCGCGUCUCAGCUCACGUCUCACCUCACCCCGGCAUCCCUCUGCGCCAUGGCAGCCAACCCGUUGACUCUUCGGCACGCCCCUGGUCCGGCCGCCUUCCUCCAGCCCCAUCUGCUCAGCCCCGCCCUCUUUAGGCCCGCCCCUGGGCCUCUGAGGGCCACUCACACGCCAAUAAUCUUCUCUCCUUACUAGAAGUGGCCAAUCACAGGGCCACAGCACCGGCGAAGCUAUGCAGUCAGAGAGAGCUACAGACCAACAGGAUUAAAAAUAAAUAGAUAUCUUCUACUUUUUAAUUGCCAUAAUAAGCCAUAUUCUGGUGCAUAUGGCACAUAAACUUUC